CUGGCAGAGCCUCCUGCGGGAGAAGAUCGGUUCGCCGAUACCUUCACAAUGGUCCCAAAUAUCCUGGCUGCUGGUAUUGUCACCAACGCCAUCGCUGUUGCAGCUGUCGUAAUCCGCACCUACACGAAGCUCCGUGAGCAGAGACAACCCUUCCAGGGUGAUGACUUCUGGAUCAUUGUUGCCAUGAUUGGGUGUAUAAUUUGGUUUUCCUUCAUCGCGGUUGGAACUUCUUACGGAUUCGGACAUCGUCGUUGGCAAGUCCCGAGGUCAGACUUUAACGAUUACCAACGGUUGCAAACCACUGGCAUGUUCUUCUCGACAGCGGCGACAACCGGCCCAAAGAUCUCGCUCCUCCUGGUGUACAGACGACUCACGCCGAGCUAUGGAAUUCACAUAGCAACGACUGUCAUCAUGUGCUUCACGGCCCUCUACACGACCCUGAACGUGGGUGGCGGAAUACUAGGCUGCGUCCCCGUCAGUGCUGUAUUCAAAGAGCCCAUGCCUGAGGGAACCAAGUGUGGCCCACGGCGCGCCUUCUUCAUCUUAUUCGGCUUUGGGAAUGCGGCCGUGGACAUCGCCAUUGUGGUACUCGCCGUGAUCAUGUUUGCGCCACUGCGUCUCCCCAGAGCAAAGAAGAUUUCCACCCUCUUGUUAUUUAGUGGCGGUUUACUUAUUUGCGGCAUUGCGUGCGCACGAGCGUUCCUCAUCUUCCAACCCCGCGACUUCUGGGGAGAGAUACCCAUCUUCUUCCUCAACGUUGUCGAGUGCACCGGCAGCAUCAUCAUUGCCUGCACUCCCGUGCUGAGCGCCUUCAUCAAGAAACACAUCAGGGCCUUUGGAACACAAGGCAGCUCUAGCCAAUCUCGUGGGCCCCGACAAGAUUAUAUUCGGCAGUCGGAUCACCACAAGAGGCCGGCCGCGCCCUUUUCCUCAGAGAGCGCGGAUGCCAUUGUGCUGCGAAGCAUAGAUAACGAAGAGUCGAAGUUAAGGGGGAACAAGGCGGGGAUGUUGGAUGUGCAGCAUGACUUGUCACGGAAGUCAAAGGAGACUGAUGUCGUUACAGAUGUCGAGGUUGGGUCGACAUCCUCAGGUAAGCAGGUCGCUUGCCAGGACAAUCUUUACAGGUAA